CUUGUCUUUGGUGAUUUUUUUAAGUCGGCUCAUUUUCAAGUCCAUUUGUCGUCUAUGUCAUUUUCCAGGCAAUCACCGAAGUCAUCAUUCCAAUAGAUAAUUCCUAUUUUCUGGCUUUGUUCCAGGUGAUAUGAAUGGACAGGUUUCUCCAAUGCUUAGUCUCAUCUUCUUAACCUUUCUGGCGAUGACUUUCCCAGUCAUUCAGAGCGGGAAUGUUCUUGUCUUUCCUGUGGACGGCAGUCAUUGGGUCAACAUGAAAAUCUUGAUCGAAGCUCUUCACUCCAAAGGUCACAAUAUCACAGUCAUCCGGGUGCUAGACAGCUGGUACGUCAAAGAAUCUUCACCCCUUUACACAUCCAUCACUGUGAAUGCUCCUGGAGGGUUUGGUGAAGAAUUCUUCAAGGUGUUUCCAGCGAGACUCCUUAAAAUUAUCAGGAGUGGUUCCACUUGGGCUCGUCUGAAUUUGGAGCUAGAGAUGUGGGAAAAUAUUUUACAAAUGGUAAAAGUAGAAAGUGAAAUGAUUGUGAACAUGUUUGAAGACCAGCAGUUAAUUCAAGUCUUACAGGAGGCCAAGUAUGAUUUGAUGCUUACAGAUCCAGUAAAGUUUGGAGGCGUAAUACUGGGUCAUUAUCUUAAACUACCCAUUGUCUAUAAUGUCCGGUGGACGGCGUUCAGUGAGGGUCAUUUUGCCAUAGCUCCUUCACCACUUUCUUAUGUACCUUUGCCAAUGAUGGAGUUAUCGGACCGCAUGAGUUUUACUGAAAGAGUGAAGAACAUUAUAAUUUACAUUAUAAUUCAAACACAGGCUGCUUUUGUGAUAGCUCCACCAUAUAAUGCACUUUGUGAACGCUUCAUUGGCCCAGGGAUAUCAUUUGAGAAUUUAAUUCAGGGUGCUGAUCUGUGGCUCCACAGGGUUGAUUUUAUUUUUGAAUUUCCACGUCCCACUAUGCCAAACAUUGUUCACAUGGGUGGCUUUCAGUGUAAGCCAUCAAAGCCUCUUCCGAAAGAUCUCGAGGACUUUGUGCAAAGCUCUGGUGAUCAUGGUGUCAUCGUCAUGUCUCUAGGCACUCUCAUUGGUCAACUUCCUGAUGAUGUGGCAGAGGCCUUUGCUGAAGCUUUUGCUGAACUUCCACACAAGAUCAUCUGGGGGUACAAAGGAAGGAGACCAUCUGCACUGGGAAACAACACUUUAAUAAUGGACUGGAUACCUCAGAAUGAUCUUCUGGGUCAUCCUAAGACCAGAGCCUUUGUGGCUCAUGGUGGAACCAAUGGAAUCCAAGAAGCCAUCUACCAUGGGGUACCAAUCAUUGGAUUUGGACUCAUCUUUGACCAGCCUGAUAAUCUUUCAAAGAUGAGAGUGAAGGGUGUAGCCAAGACCGUAGACUUUGCCACAGUGGAUAAGGACUCCUUUCUAGAAACUGUCAAGGAGGUUCUUUAUAAUCCCAGUUAUCGGGAGAACAUGCAGAGACUCUCAAGACUUCACAGAGACGUUCCAGUGAAGCCUCUGGACAACGCGAUCUUCUGGAUUGAGUUUGUCAUGAGGCACAAAGGUGCCGCUCAUUUACGCACAGACUCGUACAAAAUGCCCUGGUACUCGUAUCACUCUGUUGAUGUCAUGCUGUUCCUGCUGUCUGCUGUGUCACUCAUAAUCCUGACCACAUAUGUGCUUAUCAGAUAUUUAUGCUGCAGAAUAUGUAGGAGAAAAUCAAAAAACAAACUAGAAUGAUUUGUCUUUAACAAAUUUAAUAUUGGUGUGUUUUUACUGUGGUGGGCUAAAAUUUUACCAGAAAAACUGAAAAUUCACAACAUAAGGUAUAGGAUGCCACACGAAGUACACAUUUGCUUUCUUAUUGGUCAUUAAAAUGGGUUGGUUGUGGUUAGGUGUGCUAGCUAGAAUAAAAAAAGAACAAUUCAUUUAUGUAUGUUUUCUGUGGAAGCAUAGUGGUGUGUGCUUGAGUCUGCGACAUAAUGUUAGUAAUAUUAAUCAAGAAGUCGCUCAGUCAAAAGCAGGGCCGAGCUCAUCAUUGGGCUAGGCUGGGCCCAGUAGUUGGCCCCCGCUCUUACAUUCAUUUGAUUUGUUUAAAAAUAUACUGUUCAUUUUAUUUUUCAUUUAAAGCUUAUUGAUUGGCCUAGCAUGGGUUGACCCCUGUUCACCAGUGACUGUAUGUUGUGAGAUUCAUAUUUUUGCACUGAGGACAGCCAAUAGACUCAUACACAAUUAUUACAGUAGAUACAAACAUUCAGUGAUGCUCAAGCUUUAUAAAUGAGGUCCCAGUGUGUUUGAUUAAGGUUGGAGCUAAACUUUGCAGGUCUGUGGCUCUUUAGGAUCAAACUUGCCUACCCAUGACCUAGGUACAAUUGGAAUAUUUGUACUUUUUUAUAUAUAAAAAAUAUGUUUUGUAUGCCGUUUUAUAUACUUUAAUAAAAUAAACGGGCAUGUUAUUUGCUCAAAAUGAUAUUUUAUGAUUUCACUCAGGUCCUCACAACCCCAUGAACCAAUCCUGGACUGGAAAACUGAACUAGCUUACACAUUCGGGUUAAUUCUAUACAGGUAUUUUUGACAUCAUGUUUAGGUGUAAAUGCUCUGCUGUGCUGUUAACCCAUUUUAUUUUAAACUUAUUAGUUUGGAAAAUAUAUUGCAAAUGUAAUUUCCACAUGAGUGGUUUGUUUUGGGGAAAAUACAGAUUUUGUUGGUGGUUGUCUGAUAUUUUUUAUAAUUUUUAAAAAUGCAUUAUAAAGUAAAAAUAAAAUAAUUUAUAAGUAAUAUAAAGUGGAUAAUAUAAAGUAUAGAAAAGUAUAGAAAGUCUCUUGUGACUCUGUUCACUGUUUAUUAUUGAUGCGUGGGUCGCCUCAUAACCUGGAGGCGGGUAAAGAAAUGUCACUUUAUUUGCGAGGCGGGUGAUUAAAAAAAAACUCAUGUAUGUUGCGUGCAAUUCCUUAUAGCCUAUAUUAAAUAUUAGGGAAUAUAUAUUUUCAUAGAUUUGAUCAUGUGAAAGUGCACCUAUUUUGUUGCUAAAAAAAAUUGUGUAUUUGGUAUACAAUGCGUUCGCGUGGUUUAUGGUUCAAAAACACAUUAUCUGUUACAUACCGUACAUUUUUGUAGCUCCAGAUAUACUGCUUUCCUCAAAUGCAUUAAUUUAGUACAAAACAUAUUGAUCUAAAAAGUGCUGUGUCCCUGAUUGGCCAGCUAAUCUGUAUGUUGUGAUUGGCCUGAAUAACUCUGACAUCAGCAGGAAAUGUUACGCUCUUUACAGUACCAUGUUUGAAAAAUUCGCUCAUAAUGCAAUGCUAACAGGAGUUAACUUACAGGUUAAGUGUGAAGCGGGAGGAAUUAUGACAAUGUCAGCCUUGUCUACGUCAAAGGCCCAGGAAGUAAACUGUUGCCUACAAUCCGUGCGUUUGUUGUAGUCCAAGAAAAGAGAUUAAAAUUAGAGACUGUAGUACAUCAGCAUAUGUGUGUUUAAGUAGUCACGAGACCUCUCUACUUAUUAGGUCCCGCCCCCCUUGGGUACCGUGUGGCAGAUAUACAGCUGCAGGGCAAUGUUAUGCGUGAAGUGUGAUAAAAACACACAUAAGGAGUUCCUGACAAGUUUAUUUUGUUACACUAAACAACAGAGACAGUAA